AUGGCAAUGUCACAUUUCAUCCCAAAGUUGAUGUUAUUGUGUAUGUUGAUGUUGUUAUAUGUUGAUGAUAUUGUUGGAACACAUGUGAAUGUUACCAACUCUUUGAAAGGAAACUUAAAUUUAACCCUUCAUUGCAGAUCGGGAGAUCCAGGGAGUCAUGAUCUUGGAGUUCAUGUUCUUAAACCUGGUACUACUUUUGGUUGGAAUACUAGUUUUGAAGUUGAUGGAAGAUAUUACCCCUGCAAAUUUCAAUGGAAUAGUGAAACACAUUAUUAUGUUAUAUAUAGAGUUGAUAGAGAUCUAUCAACUUGUAGAUAUAAUUGUAAUUGGAAUAUUACAGAAUCAGGGCCAUGUAAGGUUCUAUCUUCCAAUAAAUUGGUUUGCGAUUCUUGGGAUCCAUAG